CCUCCACGCCAUCCAACGACGGAAGAAGACUGCUUAACUGAAACCUGCAAAGAAAGGGUUAACGCUGAGUUCCUCCCAUGGAUGUGGGAAGGUGCUCAUUGCUCGUACACACUGGCUCGCUGCAAACAAGCUGAUGUGAGUGGGCUACUGGAGUGAGGAACGCAUGCCUUGGCUGGGGAUCUGUCGUGCCCAGACCCCGGAAGCAAUGGUCAGCCGGACGCAGUCCAGGACGUUGGGAGCACUGGCCUGAGGUGGCCCCUUGCUGGAACAAGUUUGCAGGUUCCCCCUGAGCCAUGGCUGCCCACUCGGUCGGGAUCCUGCUGUGUGCCGCGCUGGCACUCUCGGUGGCCCCGCCCGGCCCAGACUGCACGGGGGUGGUGUGCGACGAACUGCAUGACUGCAUCGAGGAGACACUGGAGCCCGGAGCCUGCUGCGCCCACUGCCUGCGGCGGGGCUGUGUCUGCCGGGGCUACGAGUACUACGACUGCCUGCAGGCUGGCUUCCAGCAGGGAAGGGUCCCCGGCGGGACGUCCUACCACGUUGACUCGGGCAGCACCGUCUGCCGGUGUCCCGAGGACGGGGGCCAGAUCAGCUGCAGUUUCAUCCCCUGCCCCAAGCUGCCCGACAACUGUGCACAGGUUUUCCGGCCACGGCGCGGCUGCCCCCAGUGCGCCCGGCUGGGCUGCCUGAGUGGCGGGCUCCUCCGGCCGGCCGGGCACUCCUUCAGCCCCCAGCCCUGCAUCCUGUGCCGCUGCCUGCCCACCGGGGACCUCUCCUGCUCCCCGCAGCCCGGCUGCCGGCCGCGGGAGUCAGGGGACGGGGCCGGUGGGGUCCUGAACGACCAGAGGCACUCAGGAGCGGAGGAGGAGGCGGCUGGAGGACUCCCGGAGACUCUCACCUCCUGCUGCAAUGUUGGACGACGGUGGGCUUCCAAGGACGGGAUAUGCCUGAGGGAAAUGGCUCUCCAGGCGGAUUCAAGGCUGUGUGGGGAGCUGCAGGAACAGUGCUGCCUGUCAGCAUUGGAGGAGAUCAGAUGCCGGGCUGGUGUGGAGGCAGCGCAGAGCGGAGACCCCUGCCUCCUGGACGAGAAGGAGGGGUGCGGAUCAGACCCAUUUAAGCGCUGCUGCCGUUGCUGCUCCCUGGGUCUGCGGUCGGCGGCCAGUGGCCUCGAAUGCAACCGGACCCCAGAGCUCGGAGCUGCCUGUUCCCGGGUCUUCUCCGCCUGCUGCCUGCGGGGGCUGGACCCCCCCUCGUCCAGAGAUCGGGGAACCAGCCACCCCCCCUUGUCCGGGGAUCGGGCAGCGAGCCGCCCCCCCUCGUCCGGAGACCGGGGACCGAGCCACCCCCCCUCGUCGGGGAACCGCCGGGAGGCAAGACGGCCACAGGAGGAGGUGUCAGCGGAGGCAGACAGAGGAGGGGACGUGGGACGGGAGAGCCCAUUGCCAGGACGUGGAGACGUCUGUGAAGGGCAGUCUCGCUGCUCCCAGCUCUGCACUCCGUUGGGACUUUCCUACGCGUGUAGCUGCCUCCCAGGGUAUCAGUUGCUUGCGGACGGCACCUCCUGUGAAGAUGUGAACGAGUGCACAGCUGGUACUCACAACUGCUUGGGGCAACACCAGUGCGUCAACCUCGAAGGAUCGUUCAGCUGUGUGCGCAGCAGUGACUACUGCCAGGAGGGUUUUGUGAUGAUGGAGCAGGGGACCUGUGUCGAUGUGAACGAGUGCGUGUCCCUGCAGCCCCCCUGUCCCCCCGGACACAACUGCAUCAACACCAUCGGCUCCUUCUCCUGCCUCAGGGCUCCCAUCAGCUGCAGCAGUGGCUACCGGGCCAGUGAGGACAACACCCGGUGUGUUGAUGUGGACGAGUGCCGGGCUGACUCCCACCGCUGCAGUGCCGAGCAGGUGUGCCGGAACGUUCCGGGCAGCUACAGAUGUGACUGCCGGCCGGGGUACCAGAGCCAUCCCUUCACCAGGACCUGUGUAGAUAUCAACGAGUGCCAGCAAUACAUGGGACGAGUCUGUGCUCAGCACUGCCGGAACACCCUGGGCACAUACCAAUGUGACUGCAGCGUGGGAUACCGACUGGCCGCAGACAACCGGAGCUGUGAAGACGUGGAUGAGUGCCAGGGGAGCCCCUGCAGCCAGGACUGUGUCAACGUGCCGGGAUCCUUCCAGUGCCACUGCCGCAGGGGCUACACCCUCAGCCCCACCGACCGGACGACCUGCCUGGACGUUGAUGAGUGCUCCCUGACCACCUUGCCUCUCUGUGCCUAUCGAUGCAUUAACACACUGGGAUCCUUCAGCUGCACUUGCCCUGACGAGGGCUACGUACUCUCACCCAACAGAAGGAACUGCAAAGAUCUCGACGAAUGUACACUUGGGACUCACAACUGCACUGCUGCCGAGACCUGCUUCAACAUUCAGGGUGGAUAUAAGUGUCUCUCCUUCGAGUGCCCUGCCAACUACAGGAGAGUGGGACAGACCCGGUGUGAGCGUGUGUCAUGCAGAGACUAUGUGGAGUGCCAAAUGGUGCCACAGAGGAUCACCUACUACCAGCUGAGCCUUCCAGUCAAUGUCCGGAUCCCUGCCAACAUCUUCCGCAUCAGCCCCUCCCCGGUGUACGUGGGCGACAACAUCCUGCUGGCCAUCACCAAGGGCAACGAGGCCAUGUUCUUCAACACCCGCCGGCUCAACAACUACACAGGCUUUGUCUACCUGCAGGUCCCGCCGCGGGAGCCCCGCCAGUUCCUGCUGGACGUGGAGAUGACGUUGAUCCGCCAGGGCACGGCCACCAAGUUCGUCGCCAGGAUCUACGUCUUCAUCACGGGGCCCCCCCUCUAACAGGCCCCCCCCCCGCCCCCAGUUAUCUGCGAGGGGAGGUUGGUGAGCCGCCUCCCCCAUUCCAUCCUCCCCCCACCCACCCUCAGGAGGCCCCAGAGAUGUGUACAAAUGUGACAUGGCUGUCGAUUUGUACACAGCAAGAUCCCACAGUACAGUAACUUAAUCAGCAUGACAUGCUUCACCCUGUGUCUGACCCCGGGAGUGUGACGGGUCGAUGUGGAGGGAGAUUCACCCUGUGUCUGACCCCGGGAGUGUGUGACGGGACAGUGCAGAGGAAGCUUCACCCUGUGUCUGACCCGAGCCAUCCCUGCGUUUCCAGGCUGCGUAGUUGGGGCUGUUUUACACAGAGACUGAAUCCUUACCUCAGAGAAUACAACACUCACCAACUGCCACACAGCCAGUGAUUGAAACUAAUCAUCUGUUGAGCUUAAAAUGUGAAGUAAUUACCAUGGUGUUACCUGGGGUGUUAGCCUGAAUGGCAAUUGCUGUGCGGUGGAUUGGUGAAAUUCUCUCUGUUUAGUGUCGUACAGCACAGAACCUGGCCCACCAACCACCCUGCCUAACUGUACUAACCCCAUAUCCCUCUGUGCUCUGCUCAUUCAACUACCUGUCCAGCUGCAUCUUCAAUGUUACAUAGAACAGUACAGCACAGGAACAGGCCCUUCGGCCCACAAUGUCUGUGCUGAACACGACACCAAAUUAAACUAAAUCCCUUCUGCCGGCACGCAAUCCACACCCUUCCAUGUGUCUCGGACCACUGUUGUAUCUGCCCCUGGCGGUGCUUUCCAGAUACCCACCACUCUCUGUGUAAAAUCAAACUUGCCCCGCACAUCUCCUUUCAACUUUUCCCCCCUUUCUCUCCCGCUGCCCCUUAAUUUUUAAACCUCUCUGCCACCACUGCUCCGGAGAAAACCCAGGUUUGUCCAACCUCUCCUUGUAGCUCGUGCCCUGCAUUCCAGGCAGUGUCCCGGUGAACCUCUCCGGCACCCUCCUCGUCUGUCCUGUAAUGGGGGUGACCCCAUGUGGCUGAAUUUUUAUACAGCUGCAACAUGACUUCCUGACUCUAAUACUCGACACCCUGACUGAAGGCAAGCACGCCACCCUAUCUUACUUGCCAGUGCUUGUGCAGUCACUUUCUGGGAGCUGGGGACUUGCACCCUAAGGUCCCUCUGUACAUCACUGCUCCUCGGGUCCUGCGUUUUCUGUUGUUCUCUCCUGGCCCACCUUCCCACCCGGCCAAGGUUCUGACCGCCUCCUCCUCCCCUGACCAGUGUCCCGAGCCCAGCCACUGAUAGUGACCAGGCCUUGCUCAGUCACCACUGGAAAUAAGUGACCCCCUGUCCAUCCCACUGACGCUGCCUGCUUCCUGGCCCCUGUGCUGGAGACCAUUUGGCCCUUUCUUCCUGCUGUCCCCUCAUGCCUGACAUCCUAUCCCAUAUUCCCACUCUCCUUGUGAAUGCUCUCCCUUCCUCCUGAGGGCCCAAUGGGUUGCCCUCCGUGUCGAGGGGCCAGGACUAGACCCCCCCCCCCCCCCCCACGUGACGCCCACUGUGGAGGGCUGGCGGCAUCCUCUGCCUGCACCGCUCCCCCCUGGUUCAGGACUUACCCCGGGCGUCUGUUCACCAGCAGACCCCGGUCGCGUUAAUCGCCCCCCCCCCCAGAGGGGUUCAACUCUGCUGCAUCCUUGUCUCAGGGAGCUUUCACCGCACCCCAGGAGACCACCCAGCCCAUUGUGUUAGAAACACAGAAAACCUACAGCACAAUUCAGGCCCUUCGGCCCACAAAGCUGUGCCGAACAUGUCCCUACCUCAGAGAUUACUCGGCUUACCCACAGCCCUCUGUUUUUCUCAGCUCCAUGUACCCAUCCAAAAGUCUCUUCAAAGACCCUAUCGUAUCCGCCUCCACCACCGUUGCCGGCAGCCCAUCCCACGCACUCACCACUCUCUGAGUAAAAAACUUACCCCUGACAUCUCCUCUGUACCUACUCCCCAGCACCUUAAACCUGUGUCCUCUUGUGGCCACCAUUUCAGCCCUGGGGAAAAGCCUCUGACCAUCCACACGAUCAAUGCCUCUCAUCAUCUUGUACACCUCUAUCAGGUCCCCCCUCAUCCUCCGUCGCUCCAAGGAGAAAAGGCCGAGUUCCCUCAACCUGUUUUCAUAAGGCAUGCUCCGCAUUCCAGGCAGCAUCCUUGUAAAUCUUCUAUGGCUUCCACAUCCUUCCUGUAGUGAGGUGACCAGAACUGAGCACAGUACUCCAAGUGGGGUCUGACCAGGGUCCUAUACAGCUGCAACAUUACCUCUCGGCUCCUAAAUUCAAUUUCACGAUUGAUGCAAGAACUGCCCUGUCUAGUCCCACCUUCCUCCAGUGGCUCUGCUCCUUCAACGUUGAAAUGUGUCUCUCGCUCUCACCUCAGCUCCAGACCCCCAACCAGCAUCAAUCCCCCACCUCCUCUUAUCUUCCCGCAAGUUCAUCUCUGCCCCUUGGUGUUGACCCUGUGCUGAGGGAACGGAUUCCUCAUAAUUACCCUGCAGAAGCCCCUCUCUACACAUCCAACAUCCCCUUUCCCCUGCAUGCUUUUACCCCCUCCCUCCCCGCAGACACGGACUGCCCGCAAUCGUUCAGGGCCUGAGGGAGCUCACCUGAGUGACAUCGACCCCUUGAGAGUCAGUGUUGUCUGGUACAAACACAGGCCCUUCAGCCCAACUUGUCCAUGCUGGCCAAGUUGCCUAAGCUAGUCCCUUUUGGCCCAUGUUCCUCUAAACCUUUCCUAUCCAUGUACUUAUCCAAAUGUCUUUUAAACAAAUUGUGCCCACCUCUCCUUCACCAUCCUGAGUGGAUAAAGUUGUAUUCAUUUUACUUUCCAGCACGAAACCCCUCCCGUCUCCCCGUCCCGUUAACCUUCCCUCUCUCUGCAGAUGCUGUCUGACCUGCUGAUUUGCUUCUGUGUUAACUUAAUGUAUGAGAAACUAUUCUCACGCCAUCUGCUUCCAUUUAUAAGUAAAAUUUUACGGUUCUGCACUCGAGGAAUCCUCUUAUUUCUAACAGCCUGGGAUCCACGCACGGUACUGGGAGCUGAGCCCACUGCAAGGUCGCAGACUCGGGAUCCUCCCCUUGAUGUAAAUAACCAGGACCAAGCAAGAGAGAAAAGCAGUGCCAGGAACUGGUUGGGAGUACUGGCUAGCUGCCCGGGAUAUUGAGGUGUUAUCCCACAGCUAACAACCCCUUCGACAGCCAGGAAUGUGGGAUUUGAAGCUAGGGCCAUUAACCAAGUCAAUUGCAGCUCACAGAACACUUGACCACAGAGGCAAGGAGGGAACUUCUUCAUACAUUGGAUGGUGAAUUUAUUGCCACGGAGGCCAAAUCACUGGGUGUAUUCAACAUAGAACACUACAGCACAGUACAGGCCCUUCAGCCCACAAUGUUGUGCCAACAUUUUAUCCUGCUCUAAGAUCUAUCUGACCAUUCCCUCCCACAUUUCUCUAUCAUUCAUGUGUCUAAGAAUCUCUUAAAUGUCCCUAAUGUAUCUGCCCCCACAACCUCUGCCGGCAGUGCGUUCCACACACCCACCACUCUGUGUAAAAAAACUUACCCCUGACAUCCCCCUUAUACCUUGAAAUUAUGUCCCCUCGUGUUCACCACAAUGGGAAAAAGUCUCUGUCCACUUGAUCUGUGCCUCUUCUCAUCUUGUACAUCUCUAUCAACUCUCCAAUCCAGGCAGCAUCCUGGUAAAUCUCCUCUGCACCCUCUCUAAAGCUUCCACAUCCUGAAGGCAGAGAUUUGAUAGGUUCUUGGUUAGUUAAGUGGGGAGGAGACAGCCAUGAUUGAAUGGCCCAAUUUUGCUCCUGUACCUUAUGGUCAAAUACAGCAUGGACAGACAGCCCCUUUGGCCUACUAGAUCCCUGUGCCCAGUCUCAUUCUCCCCACAUUCCCGUUAACUCCAAGCAGGCUAGAGCCCUCAUGAGCCCCAGUUGCCUCUCCUCGGGCACUUGUUACUCAAGAAGGCAUUUGACUAACCAUGUGUUUGUCCGCUGGCCUUUCGGACUGAAGAAAAUUCAAUCAGUUUCUCUCUGGGAGUGACCUACCGUGCAAGGUGCACCAGGAACCACCCUCCGAAUCCAGGGACGUCAGCUCCGGGCAUCAGUAAUUUCACAAGUACUUCUUAAAACUCUUGAUCCUGACGAUGCAAAGUAGUUAUUCAAUGCACUUUUUUUUUCUAUUUCCAACCUCAAGAUGCACACGCAGUUUCCUGGAACGCAUUGUCCCUCACCUCACUGAUUUGUCUUUUGCUCUGGUGUUAAUUGCGUUCUCGCGGUCACCAGGAUCUGCGUCAGUUUUGAACGUCAGAGGCUGGAAAUACAAAGCAGAAGCGUGGAAGUACUCGGCAGGUCGGGCAGCUUCUGUGGGAAGAGACACAGUCGCUGCGCUCUGAUUAAAGGUCUCUGACCUGAAACGGCCACUGUUUCCUUUCCCCACAGAUGCUGCCGGACCUGCUGAGUGUUUCCAGCAUUCUUUUUCUAUUCUGCAUCAGUUUUCUCUUUGCCGUUUUAUGUUGUGUUAAUCAUUCAUCUCUUCGGUUGUCCAGUUCUGGUUUGCUUUAGCAAGCCGAG